GUAGAACGAAGCGGAGGAAGAAGAAAACACGGAAUUGGUAAGAUGUAUAUUUACCGGAAAUAACUACUUUUGUGUGUCUGUUCCUUGCAUUUUACUUUGGUAUAGAUUUGUUCAAUUAUAUCUCGAUAUUAGCAAAUUAAUAUGACUUAAUUUAUUUCCUUUAUUACCCCUACAAAAGUGGGGAAAAAACAAAACGCAAAACUCAUGCAUAUUUGGCUGAGAACAACUUAGUAAAAAACUCAAAGUCUAACAGCCAAGUCUUUAUAACUAGCAUUCAAAACAUUCCUUGAAAAUGUUUAGUAAAUUUAAAUUUGAUGUCCCACCAGAUCAAUAACCUGAAUUUAAAUCGCUUGACGCUCUACUACUUUAACCAGCUUUGAUCCCCGGCUCCAGCUAUGCCACUAGCAGAAACUCGACCUUGGGGCUUAGCGCUAGCUUUUCAUGGACCAAUCCACCAGUUACGCAGACUACCAUAGUGAAAUGCACUCAAGUAACACAGCUCACUUUGCCUUGAUAAAAAAUGUUUUUUUUGCACACGUUUUCAAAACAUUAGUCACUGUCAACAGCAGGCUAUCAAGGUGCGGACGAUCGUAUCCCAUCUAUACUUAUGGCAUGGCUCCUGGCCGUGUUUAUUCAACUUACAACUUUUUGUUGUCGUUGUUGUUGUUUGUAUCUACAGAAAAUCGCAGGAAACUCAGAAUCACAGGCUCCCCAGGAAACUGAACAGGUAACCAAGUUCCGUCUACUUUCUAUCUCUUGGUAAUGAUAAACUAGUAAUUGAGAGAAACGAAGCAAAACAAACAAACAAAAGAACAAAGCAAAAACAAAAGCAAAGAAAAAGGAAAGUACAUAUUCAAGAUAAUAGGAUUAUCAGUCUUCUAGUACGUUGGAAUUAAGCACUUAAUUAGUUUUUCCCUAGUUUAAAACAAUUGGUGACGUCACAGAUAUGCAUAUCAAUGUAGUACCUAUACCUAUACACCAAAGGGGCACAAAAUGCUGAAGCAUGACUACUGUCAUCCGUAUCUGAUCGAGGUUUAUGAUUGUUGAACUGAUACUGAUGAUACACACUUCUCACACACACCUCACGAUCGUCUACCAGCUUUCAGGGCCCUUGAGUUGUUGGAGAGGUGGAUAACGCUAUCCACUGGAUAAAUCUCUAUCCAGUGGAUAAGGUAAUUGGUUUCCCUAAUAUUUAUCCGCUGGAUAGUAAUUUAUCCGGUGGAUAGCGCUAUCCAGGGUUUGAACAACCGGAGCCAGAUGUAGAUCUCUUUGCAUUUUUCAGACUGUACAGACACCCUUGGUGAAAAGAAGACUAAAGUCACUUGAUACUUUCAGGGGGCAAGUAUAUAUAACGGUCGGAAAUUAUACACAUAUACUGAUAUGUAGCCAGAUACAUUGAGCCUUUUUGGAUAUGAAGCAUGAAUAAACAUAACUUUCCAAUUGCUUCACAUUACUGUAACAUUAGGAUGAAAACUCAUGUGUAUUGUAUUGUGUCUCUCAAGGUACAGGCACAAUUGAGACACUGUUAAACAGUGUGAAUAAGCGACUUAUCAAACUGUUCUCUCCUUGAUGACAACCUUUGCCUUUUGACAAAGAAGAAAUUAAACCGGAAACUUUUAAGACAUUAACUUUACGGCAUAACUUAAUAAAAAUAGAAAGUAGGCGUGGUCUUGCUUUAGAUCUCAUGCGUUUUAUGCCCGGCUGUGAAAAUAAACUCUAACUGGUUACUAAACCAAGACAAAACAAAACACUCGUAAUUCAACAACAGCAUCAACAACAACAACAACAAAGGAAGCAGAGAUAAUUUGCUAAAUUUAGGCAUAGAUAUGUCUUUUUUAUUUCUUUGUAGAAUUGCUAUAACACUGAUGAUAUUUGUAAACUAUGGAGGAGGCGGAUAUUACUUCUUCGGGCACGCGGUAUGGAACGGUAAGUAAUUAAAGAAUAGAUCUUUCAGUAAAGAUCGUUGACAGCUGGAAAGCUACACGACCAUCGUUCCUGUCGCAUAUUUGAAUUAAUAUGCUCUAAACCCAGAGCUCACAACCAUAAUUAUAUGUUUUGUAUUUUGUAUUAACGUUCAAUUUUUAUUUUUCAAGGGUUAUUGGUUGCUGAUGUCGUUUUCCCAUGGUAUGUUUCUUUUUGUCUUUCAGUUACUCUAUGUUUACAUUAACACCACUGAUAUCUUAGUAAUCCAAGUAACCCGCGGAACAGGCACAAAAGAUAGCAUGCAGUUUACACUGUUCUCAAUAUCUCUCAUGCCCCUGCUUGCAAGAUACCAAUAGAGAGGUGUUGUUCAAUAAGUACCUACGUGAUGCAAUGUAUCUGGCGAUCUCAUUUUCAUGUCCCAUGUGUUCUGGUUAUAGUUUAGAACGACCCAGUUAAAACCCCAAAAAGGAAAUGUCAUCCUCUUAUAUGAACAGACCGUCAGACUCUAAUACAGCGACAAGCCUAAUAUCUUACGUAACCUACUAUUCAGUAGUUUAACGCCAGUGCGUAUCGGGAAAAAUUUUUCAAACUCUUCAAUCUCACUUAGAAGAGAAUGCGAACCCAGACUUUGUCGAGGAAUAAUACCACACGGUAUUUAAAGAACGUUUCUAAACACGUAUACCUCUAGCCUCAAGGUGGCAUGUUAUUAAAAAUCCCCUUAAAAUUUAAUGUCGCGAAAAGACCAGACGAAGACUAGGCAAAAAUAAACGCCAGAAACGCGUGGCUUUUUUUUGCCAACAACAAUCCACUUGAAUUUAUAAUGUUUGUUGUUUAAAAAUGUGCCUGUUAUAAAGAUUCUCAUGUUACAUAGGUUUAUAUGGAUCAUGGGCCUUUCGAUCACUUUAUCCUUCCGUUCCUUGAGACGUCGCAAAACAAGCAAGUUGAAGAUCGCCUAUAAAAUCGUCAAACGAAGCAUCAUCUUGUUUGGUUUAGGCCUUUUUACUAGUAACUGUAAGUAACUCGGGCUUGUGCUUGUACAUUCCGGUGUAUUUUCGUUAUACAGCUUCAGUUGUCCUAAAUCUUUCAUUCGUAUGCAAGGGUCUCAACACUUUACCUUUACACAUUUCCCAGUCUCAGUUAUUAAAUUAUUGGAAAGAAAUGGUGCAAUCGCCACUGAAUAAUUUCUCGUCUGGUCGCAACUUGAAAUAGACAGAGAAAAUUUUCACUACUAUAUUAGCAUGUAGGAGAACGGUGGUAUAACAAUAUUGCUAUAUAAAGGAGAGUCUGUUUGUAUCAGUAGGAAGCUACCCAAAUGAAAAUAUCAAAGGUCAAAAACUUUAUCUUCAUCGACUAAUUUGCAUGUUUAGUUUAUCUGCAAAUUUCCCAUUCAUCUGACACUUUUACUGUUUCUGUCUCGAUUCUGUCACUCUGAUUUAUUGCUGAAUGUGCUAUUAUCAUGUGUUCAUAGUAGUACUGAAAUGAAAGAAACAUGUACAAGAGGUUUACCACUUACUGAUGAAUUAUUGUGUAUGAACACUUUGUCACGUUCUAUUAGAUUCGUGGAAGGUCCAUUAUUUUCUGGCUGGAUAAGUCUGAUAAGGGCACUUUUUUUAGGCGUUUGGGCGGUGUAAUCACCAAAUUUCGCAAUACUAAGCAUGAAUAGUUUACGCAAAAUAACUAAAAAUCUGUUACUCCAAAAAAUCCACUCGAAGAUCAAAACAUCAAGUAUAGAUUUAACCAAGGUUUCGACUGACUAUUACUUUCACUCAAGCACAUGUAUACGAACUUUAUUUCUUCAGAUGGGAAUUUAAAAUUCUACCGAAUCCCAGGAGUUCUUCAGAGGUUCGGCGUUUGUUACCUGUUUGUUGCCAUGAUGCAGUUGUUACUUACCCCGAUGAACAACAAGGAUACGAAGGUAUAAUCAGACAACUCUGAACAGAGCAGAAAGUAAAAAGAGUAGAUUGUAACAAUUGUAAACCCGAGCUGUGCAUGAUAACAAUUUCAAACAGUCAAAGGAGCUAAUAACCACUACGCGGUAGAUGAUCGUGACAUUGGGGUCGUUCUAUUAACGAAGUUGUAGAGAUCUGUAGAGGCUAGACGUUUGUUUGGGUUGAGGAAAGUCUCCCCAUCAAUAAUAAAGUGGUCUUCUAAUAUAUAUUCGUUUGGCGGGAUUCCACUGUAGACACUGCACCUCAUUCAAAGUAUAUAGCCUGAAACAGAUAUGACUCCAACCAAGAAAGAAAAAUUCGGGGAAAUUUAACAGACGAAGGAGACUAAUUGACAAAAACGAACUCUGCAAUUUUCAUUUUGUCGCAUUUAGGGUAGAUGGUGGCACAUUUUUCGUGACGUGUAUGGUUUAUGGAAGCAGUGGAUCUUUGCACUCUUGAUACUGGCUGGUUACCUAGCUGUCACAUACGCGGUAGUUGUACCUGGAUGCCCAAAGUAAGAAUUGCCAACGUUGCUCAUGCAGAUAACAGAACUGAAGGCACUGAGAUUAAACUUUUGAGAUUAAACUUUUUUUAAACUUUUGAGUGUUUUGACAUUAGAAUUCGGGAAAUUGAACGUAAGUUAGCUCUAAAGUCAUGAUUUAACUUAAACUGUAGAGAACCGACGUAUGCCUGCCGGUGUGAGAUGGAGAAAAUUAUAGGAUCGGAACAACAGUGGGCAACGUAUAUCAUUUUGCUUCCUUUAGGAAAACAACAGCAACAACAGAAAGGGUUUACAACGUACGUACCCGCUUUAGUCUUUAUGCGCUUUAGAUGAUUACACGUACGUUUUGUUGCGUAGAUAUUGCUGUUUCGGACAAUUCUUUUGCUCAUUGACAAGUAUUAACUUAGUAACAAAGAAUGAUUAUUGAAGUAUCCCACGAUGCAGCACGCAAAAACAUCGCUCUGUCGGUGUCAAAUUCUAAUCAAGAGAUGUCGAACGCUCUCAUUUACUUCAUUUACUUCAGUAAGUCUAAGGAACACGCCGUACCCUUCUUUCUCAAAUCAAAUUGCCUUCCCCUGCCUAGCAUAUUUUUCAGAGAUUGUAGCUAUUUAUUGUAUGAUAUCAACAGACAGACAGCACCAGUUAGUAUUCUCAAUCAGUUCGUUAAAACAAGUCAGAUUCAUAACUACAGAACAAGAUCUGUCUCUAGCGACUCGUUUUAUGUUAAGUUCUCUAGAACCGAUAAAAUGUAUGCCUUUUUCACGAGAAUCGGUGCCCAAAUUUGGAACUCUAUUCCGUAUUCGAUUAAAUUACUUAAACGUUCGUCCUUUCGUAAAAAAAUAAAGGAAUUAUUACUAAAUUUUUUGCGGUCAGAAGAUGAUUAUGUCGAAGUCUCCCGUCUUAUUAAGUUAUUUAAUACUUUAGUUAACCUCUCUUCGUAAUCGUUAUGUACAUGCCUUGUUUUUUGUUUUUUGUUUUAUGUUAGUUUAAACUCUAUUUACUGUAUUGUAGUGUCUUCACUGUUAUUUAGUCCAUCUAUAUAUAAUUCUUGUUUUGUAAUAUGUCUUCAGCUCCCCCCGCCUCGAUUAGUUCAUAAGCUAUUUGCGGGUGGGAAAGUAAUGUAAUUAGUUAUUUUCCAAUUUUCAAUAAAAUUUGUUGUUGUUGUUGUUGUUGUCUGAAAUUAUAAGAGUUAUAAAGAUUUUUGAAACUCGUUUACUUCUCGUUUCCGUAGUUGUAUGUAAACGAAGUUUUUUUUUUGUUUUUAACGACACUGAAGAGUAGUUCGGUCGUAGUUUGUAAAGUAUUAGCGAUCCUUGAAUGAAAUGAAUUAUGCUUUUGUUUCGGGCGGUACACAUAGCUAAAUCACUUUAUGUUCUCUGACACUGUUAGAAACCUACAUCAAGCUAAAUUUGGCGGAUUGAUGAACACUUGGCGACCUAAAUCCGAACACUGUUAGUUAUUUUAUAAAAACCUUGACGAAAACAUUGCCUCAACUUUUUCAAGUUUCAUUCCACGUUCAUUAAGUCAUUCGUUGUAUAAAAAGGCGACAGGACACACUUUCAAAAUGCUUAAAAAUAGUCCUAAAUAAGAAAACCGGACCGUUAUCUUUUGGAAAAGACAAGUUUUAGCUUUUUGAAAAGAUAGCAAACAACGUGACGUAGCCCCUUUAAAUCAUUGUUUCUACUUAAUUUUUUUAUAUGUCAAUUAUUAUUUUAUUGCAGAGGAUAUACUGGGCCUGGUGGUAUCGGUGAGGGUUUCCCAAGCGCUUUUAACUGCAGCGGGGGUAUGGCUGGCUAUAUUGAUCGGAUAGCAUUAGGAAACCAUCUUUACAGAUUUCCAACUAUAAAGGUGAUAGAUCAACUGUAAAGUAAAAGAAUAUUUUCCGAAAUGGUCGUGCUUUCUAUUUGCCACCUAAAACUUUUUAAUUGCUAUGAUUGAGAAAUGCAGAUCGAGCAGAUUGUUGUCGUGUGAACUGGAUAAAAGCCUUCGAGAUCUGCAUGAUUCGUUAUAUCAAUAAAAUCAGAAUUCUGGCUCUUCAUUGAGUACCGGUAAUUCGUUUUUUCGUAUUUCUUUUGAAGCGUCUGUAGAAAUUCUACUAACUGUCUUCAAGCUCCGGCUGCACUGCCAAACUGAGCGGCUGACCACAGCGUUUCUAUAUUUUAGAGAAGUCUAACAUUAUUUAGGGUCUUAUUUUGUUAUAAUUCUACAAGUGACUCAAAAAUAGGGAGGCUUCUUUCCUGUCAUCAGUUCUAAUAACUUUUUUGCUCAUGUUUUGUAGGAUCUUUACAAAACCGUUCGUCCGUUUGACCCAGAGGGCAUACUCGGCUGCUUAACUUCAAUCGUCCUAGUAUUUUUGGGCGUUCAGGUAAUCUAGAAUUAAUAGUUUUAUUAAAAUGGGAACGAAUGAUUUCAAAUUUUCCUAAGAUUACAGCUACGUCGUUCCUUUGUGAUUGAACUUAGAUAUAUUCUAUGUUGUGUAUAUAAAAUUAAUAUCUAGAUUUAUAGUCAGGGCUAAAAGCGAAGCUCUCGAUAAUAUUUAAAGUUUGUUCAAACCAAAUAUAGAAUCGUGUAAUGCUAAGCGGCGAGGCAACGCCGGAGAACAGUGAAAAAUAAUAAUAGGUCUAAUUAGCAAAAAAGCAACUUUGCACUUGCAGCACACUUUUUUUGUACAUUUCUUUGCCGUUGUUUUGCACGACUAUAAAAAGUGAAACUUCCAGAAACUUCUUUGUUACACGUUUUCUGGAGGAAAUGUCGUACGUGUUCUCCUUGCUUUGGUGGCCGCUAGCAUUUCUCAUUUUGUCACCGCCGCUACAAUUCCAACUAGAAUAAUGUCUCCUUUGUUUUUUUUUUCUCGUUGAGCUUCUCCGGCCUGCCGCCUACUUUCUCUUUGUAUCUGUCUUUCUGUUGCACCAUAUUCCAAAUUUGUGGACAUGACAAUUAAUCAAUUAAGUUUAAUAAUUUAGACACCACGGAUACAGAAGCAAUCUCCGCUUUCCGUUUUCGUCUUUAUUGACUAGUUGUCUCUGCUUUACAAGAAGCCGGUGGCUAUGCGAUUUCCCGCCAAAAUAACCUCGAGUUGCAUUUGGGUUGCCAUACCUGUUGAUCUAGUUAUUUUACAUUGGUAUGCUUGUGGUGCGGACGGACAGUCGCUCGGUCGCUAGGUGUACGGUCACGUGAUUACUAAAUUUUCUAAGAUGGUUAGUAGGGCUCCGCGCGCGCCUGGAGCUCCGCUAUAAUUAUUCUUGACCACUGAUUUUGCUGAAUUUCACUGACUGCACUCUUUAGGCUGGUCACAUUUUAUCAAUUCACUCAAAGCAUAAACCAAGGCUGAUACGAUGGAUCAUUUGGUCGAUUCUUUUGGUAUGAAUCUACAAGAACUCGUAUUAAUAAUCACCUUCAUAUUCAGAUCUAUUUCCUUUCCGUUCUACUAGCUAUUCUUAAAAGGUCCCAAAUAUUUUGUCAGUAUGGAAGCCUAGCAUCACAACCUAUAGAUUUCUGCUCUCUUAAUUUCAAAUACGUUGCUUCAUGGACGUGGGGUUGGGUGUGACUACUAUAUAAGGACUAGAGGGAAACUUUACAAGCUUUACAGACUUUAAGACGCAGCUAAGAUCAUAUCCUUUUAAUAUUUUCAUUAAGUCGUCAUGAAUUUGUAAUUAUAUCUCUUAUUCUGUGUCUAUGGACAUAUCUAUACUUUCAAUUAUUUAUUUUGAUUUAAUUUGAAAUAAUAUCUUGUUUGUUUGUUUGUUUUUUCUUUCGAGGAUAUUUUUUUGUUAACCUACUCUUAAAUUCGAACUAAAGUAUAGCUCAUCCAUGGUGUGUCGUUGUCAUCAUUAUCGACGUCAUUAUCAUCAUCAUCAUCAUCAUCAUCAUCACCGUCCUUGUUAUCGUCAUUAUCAUUGCCAAGGUUAAGGGAAAAAUGAAUCAGUCGAUUCACCGAUAACCAGUUAAUAAAAAGCGGGGAAUGGUUACUAGUUUUUAUAUGCAAGAGUGAGGAUACUGAGAGUGUUUACUGCCAUUUUUUUAAACACUUUCAGGCUGCAAUCACUGUUGGCUUAUGCGGAGUUUCCAUUAACGAGGGCAUCGUUCCAAUCAACAAGAACUUAUGGUAAGGUCACACUACACUGUCUACAGAUGAGGUCCACGUACAAUUUUAGUAUAAAGAACGAGUUUCAUAUGUUUUUUUUAGGUCAGUGUCGUUCAUCUUGGCCACGGGUGCUACUUCUUUUUUCUUGUUUGCUAUUUGCUAUAUCUUGACGGAUGGUCUCGAUUGGUGGAACGGUGCACCGUUCUUUUACCCAGGUAACAAGCAUGUUCAUUGAUUUGGCGACACAAUUACAGUGGUUUAUAAUCAGUUCCUUAGUCAAAGUCUUGGGAGUUUAGGGGUCACAGUCCAGAUUUUAUCACUUCCCCCCAACCCCCUGGCACCAACCUCCCAGUACUUUUGGCAAGAUCGGAAUUUUCUAAUGGUUAUUUACCUGGUUAAGCGCAAGAAAACAUGGAGUGUUAUGAAAGAGCUCCUGUGUGCAUGUUGGACAUUUUAUAUCCUUAUGGUAUUUUCUAUGCAGAUAAAAUAGGAAAUAAAUAAUAAAGGAUUUAAGGACAUUAUAGAAUGUAAAAAUAAUUUAUGAAUGCAGGAAUAAAAGUUUGAUUAAGAGUCGCACUCCUUCUGCUUUGUGUUUUCACUCAGAAUGUUUUAUUCGUAUCAGGUAUGAACUCCAUUCUGGUGUACGUAGGUCACCUUAUUUUAUGGCGACACUUUCCUUUUAGCUGGGAAAUGGAUGAAUAUGGUGGCCAUGGAGAGAAGAUGGCAAUGAGCAUGACAGGAACAACUCUUUGGUGUUUAAUAGCUUAUUAUCUUUACCGCAAAAACAUCUUCCUUAAAAUUUAGCUGCUUUGUGAAUGUCGAUUCGACUUUUUAGCGAUGUUGUUGUAUAAGAUCAUGUGUUGCAUUGCAAGGUUCUGUUUUCAAUAUUUACAUAUACUGCUGAGAAUAGGGAGUUUCCCGCAUAUAUAUAAAAUCGGUUAGCCUCCUCACUCCCUCACUCACUUUCACUCAUACCAGAAACUCUAAAAAUAUCAAGUUAUUUUAGUGACCGAUAAAACGAACAUGAUAAGUUUUAAGUAAUUUUUCAGUGACAAAAAGCUGAAGUUGAAGAAAAGUGUUUUUAAGUUACAAUCUGUUAACAUUUCGUUUAAUGGAUGCCAAACAUACAUUAAGUUAAGUGAUAGAAUAACUUUAGAUAUGUGAACUAUAGUUAUUUCUUCUUACUGUCAUGUGUUUUCGCACGGUUUUAAAUCAAUACAAAAACAAAGUGACGCAGCUUUUUGAGGAACCCAUAUAGUUUAUAAUAUGACUGUAGAUCUCCCAUAAUGCCUUCAAUUAGAUUGCACGGAAAGGGGUGGAAAGAAAAGUCAAAUAAAAUGUUUCCCAUUUUCUAAGCCCCCGUUCGUAAGACCGGACUAUCAGCUAAACAGCUGAACAUCGAUAUUGUAAUCUUAUUGUUUUAACGAAUUUCUAGGAGCCUUAUUCACGACCUCAACCUAUAUUGCAGGCCUGGGCAAAGGAAAAAAAAAAAAAGGAAAAUGAGGAGAGAGCGAAAAACCUACGUUCCUCUUCAACCUUCUUCACAACUUUCAAUUCUCGUAUCCAAAGCCCGAAGCAAGACCCAAUACUUAGUUUAGUUUAUAACCCUAUGUUCAUGUAUCUAAUUUUAGGCCUGUUUACCCGAAUAAAAGGCUACCUAUACCUUCCUGCUCUUUCUUGCAGCAGUUCUGUUUGGUCACAUUUCGUUAAAUCACCUUAUAUAACUUAAAUACAUCACGGAUGGUCUUAAACGUAAGGUUUCCUUUAUGUACCAUGGUCAUUUCGCCUUCUGCUUAUAUAAC